CUGCACUUUCCCGUCUCCUUCUUCCUUCAUUUUUAAUGAACUUGUCGGAUAUUGUAGAUAGAGCGGCUGCCGAACAGCGAACAACACUAAAUAACUCCACUGCCAUUUUGUCACAGACGAGUGAUACGAGCAACAUUUCGUUGCCAAUAACUCACAUGCAAGCCAAUGACCCAGAAAUGGUAGUAACUACAACUUUACCAGGAUAUUCAUUUGCUUUUUCACCCAUUCCACCAGCACAAGCAUCAGCAACAGCUUGGUUAGAACGAGCAAAAGCAGUAUAUGGUGACCAAAGCAAAAUAUUCCUUUUACCGCAGAGAUCACCGUAUCCGUCCGUAUUUCCACCACACCCACUCGCUCCACCAGCCUUGAUUGACCCUUAUUUAUUACAACAAAACCCUAAAAAAAAACCGAUAAGCAACCAAGUGACACUUCAGCAGGUUUCUCAUAAUUUGCAACAACAACAACAACAACAAACAAAGAGCCCACAUGAGACACAGCAACUUAAUUUACCCAUCCCAUCUACUUCUAAUUCACUCAGACACGAUCGCUCAUCCCUUCAAAGCACACCUUCUUCUCCAUUUCCUACAGUACAGUCAUCACCAUUAUUGUCGUCACCAUCGUCGUCUAGACUACCGCAGUCCAAUGGACUACAGACAAAUAAUAACAAUAACAGUAAUAGCAGCUGUAUGACCAUGACACUACCUAUUGUCAGGCAAUCCACUGAUCAGAGCAAAAACUUAAAGGUGAAUAAGGAAGCGAUAGAAAAGUAUGGAAAACUUACUGUAACCGGUAAAAAUGUGUCAGAAGAUAAUAUUGUUGAAGGAUAUAUUCAGUUCAUACUACAGCAUGAUCCUUAUUAUUUCAAUAGUAUGGAGGCAGUCAGCACAGCGGAGCGAAAAAUAUCAACUGUACCCAAGACCAAUUUAUAUGGAAUAUCUUAUACCACAUGGGACCUAUUUCGUCUGAUACAGAAACUACAAAAGGGUGAUAUAAAAAAUUGGUCGCAAUUAGUUGCCAUGCUAGGCCUUCAAAAUGUCGCAGGUCGCGCACAGUUUGCACAACGAAUAAAACGAUGGAUGCAUAGAUACAAAAUCGAUUGCUAUUUCAACUAUUUAUUAGGAAACGAGUAUGAUUUCAAUGAUCCGGAAUCAGACAAGAACAAAUCCAUUCUGUCGUUUAAUUUCAAUACCAAACGUAAAGUGAAAGAAAAGCCUGAAUCGAAUGAAGGAGAUGAAUUGGAAGGCGAGAUGGAGACAGAUUAUUUGAAAGAAUACGAAGGCGACGUUGAUGAUGACGAUCAUAAGCCAAAACCUAUUAUACUGCCUCCUGGAGGACGAAAGCGGUUGAGGAUCAACAGUGACCCUGAACGGCUGAUCCAAGUUGCUAAAAAUUUCAUAAAGCGGCGUAGAUGUGAUGAUUCGGAUGUCGAUGAAAAGGAAAUGGAAAAUGAUGCAACGGAUGAAAUAGAAAGUGAAGCCGAGAGUGAGAUAGAGACAACAGCUACUAUAAAUGGAGAGCAUCAAGAAGGGUCAGUGAUAAGCAAGAGUAGUAAGGAUAAAGAUAUCCUAGAUGAAAGUGAAGAGCCUGUACAAAGAGAUGAAGAUGGCGAGGACGAAUUAGAAUCUAGCGCUUCAUCAUCAGGGUCACCAGUAAUGGAAGAAGUAUUUAAUAAUAAUAGAAAAGCAUCAUCUUGCAGUAAUUGCCAUAUGCUUGAAUCAGAAGUGGAGCUUCUAAAAAAAGAGAUUGCCAAUCUCAAGCUAUAUAUCUCUGUGGUUGAAGAUAAUCUAUCAAGACAAAAAAAGGCAACAGAAGCGAGUCAGCAAUAUAUCAACCAAUUACUUUUAGAAAAACUAAAACUACGUGGAUACUACACUAAAUGGAAGCAGAAGCUUGCAAAAGACAUAUUGAAUGGUCCAGUAAUACCUGAAGACGAGUGACAAUAUACCAAAUAAACAAUAAUUGUAUAAUAACAGGGC